AUGGCUUCCAAUCGCGCUCGAGUGCCCGACCAGGCCUCUCCAAUCCACCGUCUGGCGAUCAAGCCUCUCUUCGACAGCCUCCCACCUCGCGACAAGCUCUAUGCUCACUACCUCUCACAAGCAGCCUGGCAUGGAGCGCGCAUCAUUCUGUGCCAAACCUCUCUAGAAUCCGAAGCCAUCUUCGACUUCAUCAUAAAGGCCUAUCGUGCGUGCGAGGGCGAGUGGAGCCAGUUCGAGGAUGUAUGCGCGGUGACCGACGACGAAUUCAAGGCUUUUUUGAGCUAUGCUGGGCUAUUCCUGUACAAUCUCGGAAACUUCUAUGGUGAGGGAGGCCAGAAGUUUGUGCCUGAUCUCUGCAAGGAGUCUCUGCAGAAGAUUGUGGGAUGCGUGGGUAUGACAGGAUCUGCUGCUGAGGACUUAGUUGAGGGCAUGACUGCAGUACCUCCACAGAACACAGGAUAUCCAAGCGAUACUGUUGUGUCGAGCUACUACCUAGGCGACCGCAUUACCCGCACAGAAAUCGCUGAACUCCAGCUAAUCAUGCAGGAAGAAGGCAUCGAGCCGGAGAAUACCAGAGUGCGGAAGACAAUAGAAGAUGGGAGCGCUGUGUAUGAAGUCCUCCAGGCCUCAUACGAUACAAGCAUUCGCCCUCUUGCCACAGCAGGACGACUUGGCGGCUCGACGGUUCUAUUCAAGAAAGGAGAUCAUCGGAACCAGGUGUCUACUAUUGGCCACUUCCUCGGCCGCGCCGGCAUGUACGCACAGAACCACAACCAGAGGUCCAUACUCGAUCAAUACAUACGUAGCCUCAUAAGCGGAGAUCUCCGAGAAUAUCGACGAGGCCAGGAGCUCUGGGUCAAAGACAAAUCCCCAUCAAUCGAACACAUUCUCGGCUUCGUUGAAACCUAUCGCGAUCCUCAUGGCGUACGAGCGGAAUGGGAAGGCGUGGUAUGUAUCGCGGAUCCAGAAGAAACAAAGAAGAUGGAAGUCUUCGUGGCUAGUGCAGCGAAGUUCUGUACCUUGUUACCUUGGGCGACGGCGGAGAACGAAGGCAAGGGCUUGUUCGAGAAGGACGUGGUUGUCAUACCCCAAUGUGCUAUUGUGCAUGCUCUGACAGUCUGCUGCCCGUAUGUUUGGGAAGCGUCAAACCUGCCCAACUACAACGACAUCCGCGAAAACCACGGCUCAAAGAACAUCAUCAUCGCCAACCGAAUGAGCGCGAAUCGCAACUCCUCCGGCGCAUCCAUCUACCUCCAACCCCCAGACCGCGAACUCUACCGCCAAAACCUCCAUACCAUCCGCUUCGCCGCAACAGUUAUCCACGAACUCCUCGGCCACGGCACCGGAAAACUCCUCAGCGAAACAACCCCCGGUAACUUCAACUUCGACGUCACGAACCCGCCGAUCGACCCUUUGACGAGCCAAACGGUGGCCUCCUGCUACCACCCCAACGAAACAUACUGGAGCAUAUUCGAAGACAUUGCCAAUUCAGUUGAGGAGUGUAGGGCUAUACUCAUGUCAGUUUACCUCAUCGACAACAAAGAGAUAUUCGCAAUCUUCGGGUACGAUGAACACAGUGCGCUGACGGCCGACGACUUGAUAUAUCUUUCCUAUUUACACCUCGGUGUCGAGGGUCUCCGUUCGCUCGAACACUACAACCCCGAUGACAAGAAGUGGACCCAAGCACACAGCCGAGGUUACUUCGCCAUCUUCAAACACCUCCUCACGGAAGGCAACGGUGUACUCACAGUCCACCAUAACGCUAACACAUCCGCCCUACACGUCACCGUUGACAGAACCAAAAUCAUCUCCCACGGUAAACCCGCGCUGGGUCGCUUGAUGUGUAACCUGCAUAUCUGGCGGUGCACAGCGGAUAUCGAGGCGUGUCGACCGUUUUAUGAGACGUUGACGAGUGUGGAGGGUGUACAUGAGGAGUGGAGAAGCGUUGUGGUGACGAGGCCAGAGCGGAGGGCGAAGUUCGUGCAGGGGAAUACGUUCCUGAAGAAGAAUGGGGAGAUGGAGUAUAGGGAGUACGAGGAGAGUGAUGAGGGAAUCAUUAAGUCUUGGGCUGAGAGGGGGAUUUUGUGA